AUGCUCGACAUUAACUUGUUCCGAGCGGAGAAGGGCGGGAAUCCAGAGAUCAUUCGCGAAUCACAACGGCGAAGAUAUGCGAAAGUGGAGCUGGUCGACGAGGUGAUCGCUCUGGAUAAAGAAUGGCGGGAAUGCCAAUUCCAGCUGGAUCAGCUACGAAAAGACUUCAAUAAGGCCAACAAGGAAGUCGCCGCCAAGAAGAUUGCGAAGCAGGAUGCGACAGAGGAGAUCGCCAAGGUGAAGUCGAUCGACGAGGCGAUUAAAGCCAAGGCGGUGGAGGUGGAGGAGAAGCGCAAGGAGGUGGACGCGCGAGUGAACACGAUCGGCAACCUGGUGCACGACUCCGUGCCCGUGGAUAACGACGAGGACCACAACGCCGUCAUUCGCACGUGGGGCGAGCCUCGCACGGACGAGGGCGUGAAGCGCAACCACGUGGAUCUGGUGCACAUGCUCGACAUCGCGGACUUGGAGCGAGGAGCCAGCACGGCGGGCGGCCGCGGGUACUACCUCAAGGGGAUGGGAGUGAUGCUGAACCAGGCGCUUAUCAGCUUCGGCCUCUCGUUCCUCGUGCAGCGGCAGUACACGCCGUUGCACACGCCCUUCUUCAUGCGCAAGGAGGUCAUGGCGGAGUGCGCGCAGCUCGCACAGUUCGACGAGGAGCUCUACAAGGUGUCGGGAGAGAGCGACGACAAGUACCUGAUCGCCACGUCGGAGCAGCCGCUGUGCACGUACCACCGAGGGGAAUGGCUCGACCCCAAGGCUCUCCCUCUCAGAUACGCGGGGUACUCGACAUGUUUCCGCAAGGAGGCGGGGUCGCACGGGCGGGACACGCUGGGCAUAUUCCGCAUCCACCAGUUUGAGAAGGUGGAGCAGUUCGCCAUCACCAGCCCCAACGGCACUGACUCGUGGGAGAUGCACGAGCAGAUGCUCAAGAACUCGGAAGAGUUUUACCAGCAGCUGGGUCUGCCAUACCGAGUGGUGGCCAUAGUAUCGGGAGCGCUCAACGACAGUGCAGCCAAGAAGUAUGACCUGGAGGCGUGGUUCCCGGCCUCCAAGACCUUCCGCGAGCUCGUUUCCUGCUCCAACUGCACCGACUUCCAGGCCAGGCGCCUGGAAAUCAGAUACAGGCAGAAGAAGAUGAAUGAGACAACGAAGCACUACUGCCAUCUGCUCAACAGCACUCUCACUGCCACAGAACGCACCAUUUGCUGCAUCCUCGAGAACUAUCAGACGGAGACAGGUGUGACCGUCCCAGAGGUGCUUCGCCCCUUCAUGAUGGGUGUGGAUUUCAUCCCCUUCGUAAACAGCCCCCCUAGUGCACCGGCGGAUAAAAAAGCUGGCAAAGCAGGUGGGAAAAAGGAGAAGGGAGCUGGAGGAAAGAAAGCAGAAGCCCCAGCUGCAGCGGCUGGUGUGAAGGAGACUGCGGAUAAGCUAGCAGCAGCCGCGAUUGAUGGAGAGAAAUAA